AUGGAGCCUCCAGCAAAGAGACCAAGGACAGGCCCGUCGCCAUUGGGUCAGCAGUCGAAAGAAGAUGAAGAUGAUGAGCUCAACUACGAGCCUGACGAGGUGUCUCAGAUGCGGGACCCCGGCUACCAACUCGAACAGUCCCGUGCGUUUGCCGCUUUCAAGUUGAAGUCGACGUUUGAGCACAUCUUUCAAAAAUAUGAGAGGGACUUUACGGGUAUAGGCGAUGAAAUUGAUUUGAGGACCGGUAAGAUCAUUACGAACAAUGGUCAUUUAGAACGUAUGCGGAAUGAACGGGACACGGGAAUCCCUGACGAAGACGACGAAGAAGAUGAGGGUAUGCUAUUGGAGGACGCAUUUGCCUCUUCUGAUGAGGAGGAGGACAAAGGUUCAGACCAAGAUGUUGUGGAUGGACACGUAGACCCCGACCGGUCAGACGACGAAGAGGACCAAGAACGAAUAUUACACGGCAAAAAAGACGCUGCUCCUGCUUCAACAGCUCUCGCACAAAAGACAAAGGGGGAAUUACAAAGUCGUUCGAGCCUUCCGCACACCCAGCCAAGUACACACAGGUCUGGAUCCGAACAGCGGCUGUCCAUCCUCGGUCCACCACGUCAACCAGAAAAUGGCAAAUCAACUUCCUCAGCAAAUAUUUGGGGGUAUGAACCCGAGUCUGUCGAUCCGACAUGGAGGGUUCCUGAGAUCAACCCACCAAAAUUGGGCGAUAGUUUAAUGUCGAAACUUUACGGGGCAAGAUACCGCUUCCCAGUCAGCCAGGGGUCACAGUCUGUGUGGUCUUCACGGCAGGACAGUGAGUUGGAGAAGGCAACGCCCGAGCCUGUUCGCAUUGACAUGGCGCAACUCGCUCGUGCAAGACAAGAAGCUUCGAGGAUGACAAGACCGACGUCCAAGAAACUUCUGCAAGCUUUUACUACCGAUGACGACAAUGAGGACGAUAUUCUGGGCCUUUCAACUGCAGACCGAGAGCCCAGGAUCGAGAAGAAGAAGAAUAGAGAAGGAUCGUUCACGGCUGCUAGGGACAAGUCCCAGGAACCCCUCGAGUCUGUUGAAGUCGAACAAUCACAUGCGAAAUCCUCGGCGAAGGAAAAAUCAGUCUCACAAAAACAGCUCUUUCCAAUCAAGGUCCGAAAACCGAGGAAAACGAUUCUACCAAGCAAGACUGCCGAUAAAGGAGCCGAGAAACAGCCUUUUGAUGCCACCACUCGACUGGGCUCUACGCAGAGCUCAGCCAGCUUUGUGACGGAUAAAGAGGCGUUGGAAAGACCCAGACAGCAUAUCGUCAUCGAAAUUUUCUCAAAACACCCUUCGGCAGGCGAGAUCACCGAGGCCGAGGAUCCCGAAGAUAUGGGCAUCUUCGAAUCAGCCGAACAGGACAUGGCUCCGACCCCCAAAUUGGCUGGUUUGGCUGUCUCUGAGCGACCUCCAAAGGACACAGUCUCUCGAGGUGCUUCAGCAGAGGCCAUCCCUGACGUAACCGCGUCUGCUGAAGCGCCAUCCGGGAAAACACAUGGGCCUUCGAAGGAGACAUUCACCAGGCAUGAGAUUGACCCGUCUUAUGCCUUCUCCGAUGACGAAGACGGUAUUCCUAUCACGCGAGCAAAACACAGUCGCAGCCAAAUGCAAUCUGUCGCUGGCCCAGUCACGAACGAAUCUACUAAACUAGUCUCCCCGACAACAAUGGAACCUUCUGAGAAGGUGCUUGAUUUGGAGGUCUCAGAGGACCAGCAAGAAGCCGAAGCACAACAAGAAACAGAAGUCGGGGAAACCAAGCCUCCUUCUACUGUCGGCGAAAAAGUCUCGGAGCAGCCCGCUGACAUGGAGAUUGAUGCUUCGAACAAACAAGUGGCCGAGCCAACAACGGCUCCGGAACAGCACCCCAGCCCUCAUGAUCAAGAAGCGUCCGAAGUCACAACCAAUGUUGACUCGCCCUCUUUGUUGCAAGCUACAGAGAAACUCUCUGAAGAGUGCCAAUCAAUCGAGCAACAUGUUGCAGGAGAAACGAAUAUGACGAGUGCAGAGAAUAUUCAGACAACUGCAGAUAUAGUUGUGCAGGAGUCGCAACCGUUGAAUGGGCGAGACCACGAAACAGAAACCCAGAGGGAUAGUGGAGAAGGGGCCCAAGAAGGAAUGCAGCUGAGAAUUCGAGACGUUCAGGCAAGUGACGCCCAGGAGGGAACUCGAACAGAAGGAAGCCAGGGGGAAACAUUGGAGGAGACUGGAGACGAACUCGAAGAGGAACACUCAGCAGAGGACAUCCGGCAAGAGGAUAAAGAAGUCCUCGAACCCUUCACAAUCCCCCUGGGCCUCGACGAGAUCGAUGAAGGAAGCACAACCGAUGCCGACCCCGAGGCGGAAGCAAUGGACAUCGAACUCCCCAUCCUCCCGCCCCGGGCAGAGGCACUGCCCUUGACGGAAGCCCUCCUCGCACGGCCCCGUCGAGCCUCCUCGUCACCGGCAAUCCACUCAGGACGCGUCGAAAAGAGUGCCACCUCCCCCAUGCGACACCUCAAUCUCCAAUCUAGCAGCCCCCUCAAGAGAUACGCAAAUCCGGGCGCCUCCUCUGUAAAAGCACGCAGGUCCGUCCGUUUCCGCGCCUCAGCCAGCCCCGAGCGCAAAGCAACCCCCCAAAGCCACAAGCCCACUACGGACCGACCCAUCGCUCUUGCUCCAGACUCUCCGGCCACCGGCCAGCUUUCGCCGGCACCCAAACCGCCUAGGAGAAAACGGCAGCCGAAGCAACCCAGCACGCCGUCAUCGAGACAGCCUCCCACCACAGCCAAGGGUUCAUCCUCCCGGAAAUCCGUAAUCUCCCUCCUCUCGGACGACGAGGACGAACUCACCCUAGACCUGUUCAAGACCUGGACUUCCAGCGGCGGGACCUCGGGAGACCGCAAGAGAACCUCCUUCACGCCCGUCCUCCUCGCCGGACCGCAGACGAAAAUCACCACGCCCAUGAAGCAGCGCAGUUCGGGCGGGGGCGGCGGAGCGGGUUCGGACGCAGCCACGACGAGAGGCAGGAAACGCAAGGCGGCGUGGGCGUUCGCUACCCCUACCAAGGUCCACUUCGGCAGCCCAUCGGGGUCGCUCGUCCGCACGCCAGGCGGGAACAUGCGUCGUUGCGGCGAAGCCGGGUUCCGAUGCGAUAGGGAUUUUUGUUUCACAUGUCUGUAG